AUGCAUUUCACCACCACCAUCCUCACUCUCCUCCCCACCCUAGCCCUCGCAGCCUCAACUGCCACCACAAUCACAACAGCCCCCUCCUCCACACCAACCUCUUCCACCUCCUCAGACCCCUCAACAACAGUAAUCAGCUACUUCGGCGCCAGCUACACCUUCUCGGACAUCCCAGUCCGCACCUCCACCAGCUAUGCCGCCAGCGUAAUUUCCAUCAACGCCCUCGCAACAACCUAUCAAAUAAACUGUCUCCCCUCCGCCCACACCACCGACUGCACCCUCGCCACGCCCCUCACUCUAAUCGCAGGCCCCAACACUUUCAGCUUCAAGGAGCCAUUCACCGUCAGCGUCGAAGUGGCCGGCGUCACUGUGACCGAAAAGGGUGUUGAGGAUAUGGCUUGUUCGUUUACGCAUUCCACCGAGUCGGCGACUUGUACGCUGAAGUUUGAUUUGACUGCGUCCGGCGCGGGAAAGACGACUUCUACUAGUGUUAAGACGACGACGGCGGUGGCCAGUGAUCAGGUGCUGUAUCAGACUUUGACUGUUACCGGGGGACUGGCGAGUUUUACGGCGCCCGCCGCGACGCAGACUCCGACGGGUAAUGGGGGUGUGCAGGGGGUGAGGGCUAUGGUUACUGGUGUGCCGUUGGGGGCGGCUGCUGUUGCGGUUGCGGUUUUGUUGUAA